CAACUGCCGGGUCUUCCGCUGGGCGCGAUGCGCUGCGCUUCCCCUCUCCGUGUCUCCACAGGAAACGUGAUAUCAUAAGCUGCGAAGACGCAAGAAAUCGUCGUGACAGUGCAGCCGGUACCGCGCCUCAGGGCAAAAACAGCUGCGUGUGCCAAAGCUUGCCGUAAGAAGUGCCGCGGAAUCUGUCGUCGCACUGCCGGCCACGAGUUGUUUUGUGUUCGACAGGGUGCGUCCCUCACCGCAGCCGUCGCUUCAGCUUCGCUUGUUGACAGCGUGGUCAUUUAUUCGUGUUUUUGUGUGGCGGCCAACAGCUGACAGCUUUGGCGCGUACCGUUCAAACUGUUAACCAGGCUUUUGGUCGCCGACACGGUCUACAGUACACGACAAUCUGAAAUUCCGGGUCAGCUUUUGAGACAUGCUUACGAGAAGCAAACAAGCUGCGCUCCAAGAAAUCCGCAGGUGGACCAUAGAAGACGUCCUAGCAGUACUAGAGAAGAAUGGCCUGGGGGACUGCGCUGAUGUAAUCAGAAAGAGAGAAGUUGUUGGCGAGAUGUUACUGCAACUAACUGAGGGGAAGCUGGCACUCUGGAAACGAGAUAUAAAUCAAAGCAAAAUUCGAGCACUGGCAGCAUUUGUAGAUGAUUUGAAAAUGCAUCCAGAGAAAUACUUACUGAAGGAAAAUUGUUCUUCUGAUUCUGAGCAUUUUCCUGAGAGAGGUGUCUCACCAAGUCAUGUCCACUGUAACUCAGCAGGAAGCAACACAACGUCAUGGGUACAUGAUAAAGAGCAAAAGCUUAAGGUUGCUGCAGCAUUUCUUUCAGAGGUGAUUUCUCAUUCUGGAAUGUUUGCUGAUAAGGGCCAUGGUGAUCUGUUGCCUUCACACAGAUUAAAACCACCUGAUAAACCACCGUCCCUCUCUCGGCCAAAGAAUUUUCAAGCAGGAAUAGUGAAGGUGACAGCUGGCAAAGUGUUCCCACCAAAGCCACCAAACCAUUCACCUUAUGAAACAACACAUUUUCCUGCUAGAGAUUGUGGGACAAGUAAUGUGCCUACUGAUAUCUCAGAGAAUAACACUGUGUCACAGGAUCCCAAAUCUGAAGAAGAUAAGGAGAAAAUUAUGAAGAGAGCCGCAUCACCAUCUACAAGAAGUGUUUCACAAUUGGAAGCGUAUGCCAAUAGGAGCCAUGCAGAUUCAUUACUUCAAGAUGGAGUGAAGUGUCCUAAUAAACCAGCACUUCUCAGGAAGCCAGUUAAUUUCAGACCUAAUGCAAGUGCACUGAAUGACAAAGUAUCUCAUCUAAAGUCACAAGAUAAACACAACAGUAAACUCAAGAAUUUUCCUGCCAGAGAUGUCCAACUCAGUGACACAACUUCCAGUUCCUCAAGCAGUGAUUCAGUGUCACAGUACGUGGCUCCUGGAAAUAAGCAAGAGCAAACUGUUCAGGAGGCUGUGCCAGUAACUUCAGGAAACAUUUCACAGUAUGAAGCAACUGGUGUCAGUAGCCAAAUGGAUUCACUUCCUCCAGAUGGACUCAAAUCACCUGAGAAACCACCUGCCUUGAGGUAUCUGAAGGAAACAAAAGCUGAUCAAGCAGAUACAACACACAAGAAAGAACUUCUUCCUAAACCACCAAGCCACCCGAAUUUGCCACUGAGGGGUGUCCUAUCCAGCUCUUCUGGUAGUGAUACUGCUUCGUGGGAUACAGAUUUUGAAGAUGCUGAACUACCAGAGGACAUUGCAUCUGUAUGCUCAAAAAGAAUGUCACAAUAUGAAGCAGUUAGUAGCAGUCAAGCAGAUGCAGGACAUCCAGGUGAAGUGACAUCUCUUGAGAAAUCACCACUUCGCAGUCAACUUAGUGAAGUUCAAGCUGAUGUUACAAGUUCACCUUCUGAUGAAAUGCUUCUGCCGAAGCCACCAAGUCAAUCGAGUGAAAUUAUAAGCACUGUCAACAUUGGUGCCAUUGAAGCUAAAAUCUGGGCAGAACAGCUGGAUGAAGAAUUUUAUGAAAGCCUCGAUGGAGAAAAUAUUGCUGAUGUAGCAGCACUAAGGGCAGCUGUGCUAAACCAAAGUAAUGAAAAAAAAUCUGGAAGGAAAAAUGUAUCAAGUCCAAUGCAGACCGAUAAAACCAAAGCAGAAAAUAACCAUCAAAAUGGUAUUUCUUGUACCGACAGUGUGACUGCAACUUGUGCCAAAAGAGCUUCAUUGCCUCCCAUUAAUGAUAUAAGAGAAAAUCGUGAGGCAGUUCGAUCUGAGUCACCUCCUACACCACCUCCUAGAAAUCCAACAAUGAAACUCAAUGAGGCUGAUGCAGUUAUGAACAGAUUGCAUUCUUCAUCGAGUUCAUUACGGGAAGAAUCUCUUCGUCAAAGAAACCACUUUGUUCAUUCGCCAGAAACAGGCAGUGCAGCCACUUCACACCAGUCAUCAAUGACUUCACUUAACAAUCUGAACACAGGGUCAACAAGGAAUUCAUACCUUCACUUUUCACAGAACAACCUUACAUUUUCUGACCCAGAUCCAGAUGCAGAGUAUGAAAUAUUAGAUAACAGAGCACGCAUCACAUCUGAUGCAGAUAGUAUACUUUCUGAAGUCUAUGAAUCCAUUAAAGAACAGGGACCUAGAAAUGGAGUGGAUGAAGAUGGAUACUAUCUCCAACCAGAUCCCAGACUACCGUCAAAGAAUGAUGAAAGUUCAUCAGAUGAUUCUCGACAUUUGCCUCUGCCACCCAAAUCCAAAGCAACGUUGCCGGAUGUUGUGCUUCCAUCAGCACCACCACCUUCACCACCAAGGAAAAAAUCGGAGGACAGUUCCAGUUCAACUACAAGUGGUUCUGGGGAUAGUAUGAGUGGACGUCUGGGAGGCCUCUUCAGGAAGGUCAUUUCUCGGCCACAACCAUUGUUGCCAGAUCACUCUGAGAAAGCAUCAUCAGCCACCCCAGAACUGAAGAAACCUUGUAGCUUGCCACCUCCCACAACUAGGCCACCACCACCUGUGGAACAACGUUCGUCAGCAUUCCAGAGACCUUUGCCUCCCACACCUGAGGGAAAGAAAUUUCAGCUACCCAGUCCUGACAAAAGUCACAAUAUCACACCUCAUCAAACAACACCAGUAUCAUUCAGGCAAAUGCCAUGGUUCCAUAACAUUGACAGACAGAGAGCAGAAGAGCUGUUACGCAAUGGUGAGGAUGGAUGUUUUGUUGUAAGGCCAUCAACUCAGACAUCAAACCCUUUAACACUGACUCUGUGGUACAAAAACCGUAUUUUCAACAUUUGUAUCAGACAUAGAAAAGAUGGAAAAUAUGCUCUUGGCACUGAGAAAAUAAAUGAACAGAGCUUUGACUCCAUUGAAGAAAUGGUUACCAAUUACCAGUCUGAAAAACUUGUGCUGUACAGUGCAGGGGAAAGAGCAGGCAAGGUACUGCUGAGUAAUUCCCCAAGAAGAAGUUCAUGAAGAUUCUAGAUGUGAUGUUUGGCUCGUAGUCACAUGCCAAAGUGGCUUGUCAGCUGAAUACUUCAUGAUUUGAGUUUUCUUAUAUCAUUUACACAGUUAAUUCCUGGACAUUAUUUUAUAUGGGAUGACUGUGAAUACUGUAAUAUUGUAAAAAAUUGUCAGUAACUGUGAUAAUUCUGUAUAAAUACUACUACUGCAAUAUUUUGUUCUUAAAAAGCAAAAGUAUUCUCAAGUUAUGUUGUCUGUAGUUAUUAUAUAAUGUGAAAUCCAUUCAUUAUACAUAAAAUAAUAGUACUUUCACUGUGUAAUUAAAUAAUAUAUUUUGAGAAAUAAAGUUGUUAUUAAGUUAGAA